ACGAAAUAGCGAAAAUUCAUGUAAAAUGAGCAAAAAGAACACCUUAUAAGAACAAUAAUGUUCGAAUUUUUCGCUAAUUGUGCAGAUUUGCUCAAAGUGGAUUACAAGACUGUCUGAUUAGUUGAGCAAAUGGUAGGCACUAACACAUUUACAGGAAUUUUGUAUGGCCGUAACUGUCAGAUCACAGUGAAAAUCGCCGUCAGAAUAAAAUUUGCAAUGUUCACAAAAAUACACUGCUACACAGAUAAGUAGAAAUAACGCAAUAAUUAAACACACUACUAUUAACAACUAACACACAAUAAUAAAUUAUUUUGUUCGUUAAUUAUUCGCUAUGUGCGCGACAGCAGCGCCAAUGAAUAUACGAACUACAGGACGCUGUUUUAGACGGAGUGUCAAUGGGACUUGGUUAAGCCCAGGUGAACAACGACUACAAAUAAAUGAAAGCAAGUUCAAAUUAAUUAUGGAAACAAUCAUAAAAACAGGGUUCCAGUCCAUUCACCACAAAAUUUCAUUCCAGCCCCAGACGAUCGUCAAAGGCAAAAAUCUCGUCCUUGCAGAACAUGUUAGAGAUGUACAGGAAUAUCGGCGAGAUAACAAAAGUUAUGCAAUAAAAUCGCGGGUCAUUCGACAAGCAUCAGUGCAUGCAACACCUUACUCUACAACUUUACAUAUAAACGAGGCACGAUGUGUCACUGACGUACAGUGCAAUUGCGUUUACAACCGAAGUAAGAAAUGUAAACACGUUGCUGCAUUAAUUUACUACAUUAAUAAUGAGGAAAGUUCAUCGAAAACUAGUCGAGAGCAACAGUGGGGUAAACCAAGUGCACGACAAUUUGCCAAAAAUAAAUAUUCCAAAGGAGAAUAUUUUGAAAAUAUGGUGCCGCAUAAAUACACGCAACUCUAUGAGCCUCAGGAAGUCCAGGUGUCUGAGUUGGUGUCAGAUUCUCCGCUAAAACAAAUUUUGACAGCGCAAUCAGGAGCAAGUAAUCUCCAUACAGUGAAGAAUGUGAUGGAAUCGUUAUUAAUGCAAGUAGAAUUCAAUACUGAGAAAGAAGACUGUUCUGAAUGUAUUAGUAACUGUUUAAUUUUUUGUGAUGAACAUCCUAUCUAUAAAAGUUCUUAUGCACUAGACGAGGACAUAAGAGAUUUUUAUCUGAAAAAUGUUCAACUGUCUGAUGAGGAGUUAAUCAAUUUAGGCUGUGAAACAUUGAAACAAUCUUCAUGUAAUGCUUGGUACAAAGCUAGACGCUUAAGAAUUUCUGCAAGUACAAAUGUGCACAGCAUAAAAGUCCUGUCAAGAAAGCCUGUCGAGAGUCUGGUAUCAGAAAUGUUAAACCCAAAGAAAAUUGAUUGUGCCUCGACAAGAUAUGGUUUAAAACAAGAAUCUCAUGCCAAAGAAAAAUAUGAACAACUUUAUAAUUGCAUAGUAAAACGCGUUGGUGUUGUUGUUUGUAAAUCUCAACCUUGGCUCUGUGCGAGUCUUGACGGCGUUGUUUUAGAAGACGCAUGUAUUUCAAGAAUUGUCGAAUUUAAGUGUCCCAGUUCUUGCGAAAAAAAAAAGGUUGUGAAUUUAGCUGAUAAGACAUGUAACGUUAAGUACUUACAAUUUAUUGAUGAUCAGUUAACACUGAAGAAGACUGAUCCUUAUUACACGCAAAUUCAAGUGCAAAUGUAUGUCACUGGAAUGACUGUCUGUGAUCUUUUUGUGUAUUCACCAGUGGAAGAUGGGAGUUGUUUAAUACAAUUACAUCGAAAUGAAGAAUUUUUGCAGUUAGCAAUUUUGAAAAGCGAAAAUUUUUAUUUCCUUCACUAUUUACCUGCCUUAUAUACGGCAUGGAACGCUGGAAUUAUUGAUGCAAAGAAAAAUUACACUGAAAUCGAAAUAUCCGAUUGUCAUGACGAAGAUGAAACAACACUCCAAGAGCGAUGUUUUACAGGAAUUGAUAUUAAAAAUAUAAUGAAAAAUUAAUAUAUUUUUCACUAUAAUAAUAUUGAUUAAUAAUAAGUUACGAAAAGAGCUUUAUUGUUUGUUACAUUCAUUUUAUAAAGCAAUAUUUCUUAAGUUUGAA